AUGAGGGCCUUCCUGCUCUCCCUGGUUUUGCUGGCUUCUCUGGGGGUCUUUCAUUGCGCUCCAAACACCGGAAUAACUGAGGAAACUCUGAAACAGUUGUCUCUGGAAGGGGAGAAGCUUGUGGACGAGGAGCUGCGGAAAGCUUUGUAUGGAGUGAAACAGAUGAAGGAGGUCAUGGCCAGAAAUGAGGAGAAACAUGAACACCUCAUGAAGUCUCUCUUCCACACAGGGGAGAAGAAAAAGGGAGCGGCACAAAUGGCAGAGGAGGUGGAGCAAAAAUUGGACGAGGCAGAGAAGCAGUGUAAGGAGACGCUGAAGUCGUCCUGGGAGGAGUGUCGACCAUGCCUGGAGGACGCCUGCAAAGACUUCUACACGUCCACCUGCCGCCGUGGCUUCUCCUCCUUCUCCUCUAAGGUGGAGAACUUCUUCCGCAGGGUGAGCUCCCGCCUCAACUCCAGAGAAACUCAGGAGGAGAUAACAAUCAACCAGAGCGGCGAGAACCCUGACACGGAGGUGGUGAAGAUCGAGGAGUCUUUCAGCACCCUGAUUUCCAAGGUGGGCACGCUGGUAAACCGCAGCAUGGUGUUCGUCUCUCGCAUUCACCGGGAGUUGGAUUCGGCCCUCCGCAAAGCCUUCUCCCCAGAGAUGGAGGACAGGGAGAGCGAGGUGGUCCUCCAGCCAUCCAGUGAAGAGAUAGACUCGGCUUUCCUACAGGGAAUAGGCCUGGAGGAUGUGCUAGAUUCCUUCUUUGAUUUUGGAAGGAGUGUGGUUGAAGAGUUUGGGGCCGUGAUCACUCAGGUGUUUGACGAUCUGACCAACGCGACAGAGGAAGCAGAGAAACAGAGAGAGAAGGAGCUGUUCCCUCGGUUCCUUCAGAACAGGAAGCUGUGUCGAGAUCUGCGCAGACAGUCGUCUGAGUGCUGGCAACUGCAGAACAAAUGUGAGGCCUGCCAGGGGACCAUGCUGACUGAGUGCCCUAGCGUGAGGGAGCUGCAUAUUGAACUGGAUGAGAUCUCGGAGCUGCUGGAGGUCUCUAAGCAACAGUAUGAGGAGAUUCUGGGCAUUGUACAACGGCACACGGAUGACACAGUCAGCUGGCUCAAUAACAUGGCCUCUGAUUUUGGCUGGGUGGCAGAAUUGGCUAACAAUAACACCACCCCAGAGAACAUCUUCAGCAUCGCCACGGUGGUGACGGAAAAAGAGGAGAGUGACAAUGGCCCAGUUGCAGAAACAAAGGUGGAGGUGAACAUCCUGAACUCGCCCACUCUCACGCUCACCGUGCCCACGGAGCUGGAGCCCAGGGACCCGGGGUUUAUCCAGUACGUGGCUCAGGAGGCCUUGAGCCAGUACAAAAAGAGAGCCGGGUAA